GAUGACAUGGAAGAUUUACCCUUUCCUAGUCAAGAGAUUGAUUUUUCUCUGCCAGAGAUAGAAUUUGUUGGGAAACCUCGGAAGAAGGAAGAACUAGACAUAAAACUAAAAGAUCAGAGAGACGAAUAUAAAGAAAUAAAGAAAGAAAAGGAUAUCGAAGAAAGUUUUAAAAAGGACAGCGUGCUUCGUGACACUAAAGCUUGCUGGGAUAUAGACAAGAAGAAGGAAGACGACGACAUGGAAGAUUUACCAUUUCCUAGUCAAGAGAUUGAUUUUUCUCUGCCAGAGAUAGAAUUUGUUGCGAAACCUCGGAAGAAGGAAGAACUAGACAUAAAACUAAAAGAUCAGAGAGAUAAAUAUAAAGAAAUAAAGAAAGAAAAGGAUAUCAAAGAAAGUUUUAAAAAAGACAGCAUGCUUCGUGACAUUAAAGCUUGCAAGGAUAUAGACAAGAAGAAGGAAGACANGGAAGAUUUACCAUUUCCUAGUCAAGAGAUUGAUUUUUCUCUGCCAGAGAUAGAAUUUGUUGCGAAACCUCGGAAGAAGGAAGAACUAGACAUAAAACUAAAAGAUCAGAGAGACGAAUAUAAAGAAAUAAAGAAAGAAAAGGAUAUCGAAGAAAGUUUUAAAAAGGACAGCGUGCUUCGUGACACUAAAGCUUGCUGGGAUAUAGACAAGAAGAAGGAAGACGUAAAGAAAUAUACAAAGGAUAUAGAAAUAAAGAAAGAUAAAUUUAAAGAUGUAAAAGAUACAAGGAAAGAACACAAAUCUUCAAAAGGUCGUUCAAAAGGCAAAGAUGAUAUGGAAGAAUGUGUGAAUAUAAGAAAAGAACGUAAGGAUUCCGAGUCUGGCCGUGAACUUUUAAAGAGAAUCCCCAAAAGACCAACUAGGCAAAGCAUGGAAUGUUCGUCUAAAGCUUCUUCCAGUCCUCGUGACACACCACCACCAAAACGAAGAAGAAUAUAAUAAAGAAAUAUUAUUCUUAGUCACAAUGAAUAUAUUUUGCAUAAUUUAACAUAUAGAGUAUCACUUUUUUAUGAUUUAAAAAAAAUACCAAGGAAAGUUUGUCAGAGUAUAUAAUGGAUGUAACAUAGAUGUAGUGUUUUUUUUUACAUUAGUUUUUAAAAAAAUAUUCAAUGUAAAAAUAUAUAAUUCAUUUUUGA